GUUAUGAUUCUUUUUUACAGCACAGUCAGUUACCAUCAUGGUGAAUGGACGGCCUUUACUCUAUUUAUCGCUGCCAAGUCUAGCUGUUAUUAUUGGCUUGGUCUGGUUCCGUCGCAGAAAAUGUAUUGACUUUGAUUCUGGCGGCAGUAAUUCCGUCGAUGAGAACGUAUCUGCCAAAAAAUCAACUACCACAUCCUGUGCUGCGAACGACAGCAACGUCAAGCAAACAGAAUCAUUGCCAAUCACUCCGUCUGCUAAUGUGAAAGACGACUCUGGCAAAAAUCAAUCAUCAUCCUCAUCUUCAUCCUGCAGUGGCAAAUCUGCACCAAUAGACAUUGUUCCCAACACCAGAAGUCCUCCAAAAUACUCGGAUAAGCAACUGGAUGCCGAACUACUGAAGCUCAAAAUCGAAGAGUCCGAUAUAAGAACAUUACGCCUCAUUGAGGAACAGGACGACUUUUCGAGCUUCGAGUCACCGGUUAAUCUACCGGGAACGGUCGAUCGAUAUUCCUCUAACUUCAACAGGUUCAAUAAGUCAUUCGAAUCUCACGUUGAGCCUGUGGUCGUCGUAGCCAGUUCUGCUGCUAAAAUUUCUCCCAAAAAUUCAUUUGCCACCGAAUUGAGUCCUCCGGUACAUAAUGAAAAUUCAUUAUCAGAAUCAAAGAUACACAGCUCAGUUGUCGAAGAAACUAUUACACAAGUGAAAUGUAUAAAUAAUAAUCAACAAGAGGAAAUAGAGAAAAAUAAGACCGAGAUGGUGGCGUGCGCAACCGAAGAAGAUUCUAUCAACAAUAACACAACCUCAGAAAUAAGUGUAACGGUUAAUGGGAACGAAACUAGCGAGCAUUGUCCGGCUGGUAGUCCGCCGCUAAGCAUCUGCAGUAUGCGUUCUGGUGAUUCUGGCAAAGGGUCGAGCCCACCGCAGUCGGAAUGCGCUCCCAUAACUAGGUAUGAAUUUUUACUACCGGUUUAUUUGGUAUCUAAAAUGCUUGGUGCUAAAGGAAGUUUCGUGCAAUUGAUCAAAAACAAAACCGGUACCAACGUGUUAAUUAGGCGUAAUUUAGAUACACACAAAACAAAACUCUGUUCGUUAGAAGGGACGCAGGCUGAUAUUGAUAACGCUCUGCACCUAAUCCGCAAGAGAUUUCCGGAGAGAAGAUUUCCCGCGCUAACAUUGGAGCAAAUUUCUGUCAAACAAGCUGAUGAAGUGGUGCCUUUGCCAUUAAUCGACUCAACGUAUAUCUCUUUGCAACUGGUGGAAUCAAUCAACAAUGAUGUGAUAAUUAGUUCCAUCGUAAACGGGGGCCACGUGUUCGUGCAGCAACCGUUACAUCCUUCCUUUCAAUCAAUAGAAGCAAUGCAGGAAAACUUGAAUACGAUCUAUAAUUUGGAGGAGGCACCGCUUCUACCUUCAAUCUUCGAAAAUGCAAUCUGCGUUUCAGCGGUCCAUCGUAGUUGGUACAGGGUUCAAAUUGUAUCACAUAAUGCGGCAGAUCAAAACUGUUUAGUAAAGUAUCUAGACUAUGGAGGCUAUGCGCAUGUACCAGUUUCUAGCCUGAGGCAAAUUAGAACCGAUUGUAUGGGAAUUCCUUUUCAAGCCGUCGAAUGUGUGCUGUCUAAUAUUAAGCACAGUGGCGAUUCGCAGUGGUCUCCCGAGGCCACCGAAGUUUUGUACAGUUUAACCAAGCGUUCGGUACUACAAGCACAGGUUGCUGGAUAUACGGCUGAAGGAUUGCCAGAAAUUUUUUUGUUUGCUGCUUUAGCUAAAGGAAACGUAUUAUUUAUUAACAAAGAAUUGGUUGCCCGUGGUCUUGCGGAAUGGGUGGAAUAGACAGCAUCUGCAGGUCAGUACUAACAAUGGCUGAUUAUUUAUUAAGUAGUAAUGAUUCAUAUAAACGUAAACGGGACAUAAGUUUACACAAUAGGCACUAUAUUUGAACAAAUCAUACUGAAGAGUACAGUGAAGUUAUUCUGCUAUUAUUGAAAAUAUGCGAUCAACACAAAUAAAAGGCGAGAUUGAUUCUUGGAUAUUUGUACUGCAUGAUUCUUUCAUUAAAUGGAAUACAAUUCUGAAAACCUUAAUGAAGUUGGUUUUGCUAACAUGCACAAUCAAUUACAUUUGAAAGAACUUCAGUAGUGAAUCAAUCAUGCAAAACGGCAACAGUAUCAAGAAGGAGCAGAAACAACAGCAAUCUUAUUCCAGAAAUGGGGUUUCUAUACAAUUAGCAUAGCUUUUAAGAGAACAUGUACUGAUUUGUUAGGUUUAUACAUGGUAGGCCCAAUUUGUACGUCUUCUAAAUUUUUCAUUUCCAUUUCAAAUAGUAGGAAUAGUACUGUUUCUUCAUAUAGAUAAUAUGAUUUGAUUUUUUCUCUAUCUUUGAUAUGUCAUGCGCACUCAGGCGAAAAGGUUUUGUAGUUUCAAUACUCGUCAUUCAUAUAACAUGCUUAUAUUUGUUUUUAUACAAUUGGAUCAUUAUUUUUGAUAUAUUUUGAAUACCAUAGUAAUAUAAUACAUGUAAAUAGAUUCUAUUUAAAUAGUUAUUUCUUUCCGUGCCACGAAAGGGAUAAUAUGUCGCUAAGCAGUUUAAUGAACAUAAUGACGUAGAUGAAUAAUUUCAACAAACUUAAUUUUGUCCGUUGUGAAAAAAUGAACACCGUUUGAUUUGAGGAAACCAUAAUGUUAAAAUAUUUCUGUGAUUAAUAUAUACAAAGAAAACAUGAUGAAGUAUAUCGAUUUAUUAAUAUGCCAGAGAAGGUAGCUCUAGAAAUCAACAUCAAAAAUUACUACCAACCUUGAAAUACAUGCUACCCAUGUCAGCAACACCAGAGUAAGUGCACGUUCACAAAUUGUAAAUUUUUGUUGUAAGUUAGUUCCUCAAUAGCUAGAAUUUUAAAAAAUGCAAUUCAGAACAUGAACACGACAACUUUGAGAAGUUUCGUUAGGGGUAGAAUGCUUGACAUAAGUAGCAUGUUGCAGCAAAUGGUAUAUGUCCAACAGAGAGCAUGAAACGCAACGUAUUAGUAUAAUCAAUUUCAAUCUAUUUAAAUUUUGCGAUAUAUUUUUCAGACAUUUCGGUGAAUUAAAAUAGAUCUAGCGUUCGGGAUUUCUGUUCAUUUUAACAUUAUUCGUCAGGCCGGAUAUUUUAUUUAAAUUAGAGUAUUUCACUUCGAAUGUUUCGGGUAGGUGAAUAAGUUUGAUAUUGAAGAAUACUUCCUCCAAAAAUCAUAAUUCUAACCGAAUUUGCAGCAUCUACACAACCAAUUAUUUUAAGAAACAACUGCCUUGAAACUAACCACAAUGAUGGAUAUUACUUUUAAGAAAACUGUAUCUAAAUUAAAGCAGAUUUGGUUUGGCUCGUGCAGCAAAAAGAAGAAGCAUUUUAGAGCAACCAUUUCUGUGCAUAGCAUGAAUUUUUCUUAAGAAUAAUUAGUUUUGGAUGAUUUACUAUUUGCGCUUUCAAUUUUUCGGAUCAGUGUUAUGGUGGUUUCCGAAAUCCUGUGUUAUAGAGACACAGUUCAAAUAUACAUUUAAAGCAAUUUA